GUAGGCACGAUAUGACCCCCCACUUUCCAGAUGUGGAAACUGAGGCUCAAGGUCACAAUCAGAAACUGGUGCAGUCAGGAUUCAAACCCAGACCAAUUUGGUUCCAAAGCCCUGGGCUUCCAAGGCCUGCUUGUGUCCAGAGGCAAAUCUCUUCUGCUUUGGGCUCACUUCCCACCGCUAUAAGGCAUGUUCUGGGUCAUUUCUAGGUGCUGACCCUCAAUGGAGACUUGGAGAAGGUGGUCCAGUAUUGUUUAAGUCCAUUGUCAGCUUUUCUACCCUCCCCUCUCCCCCCAACUUCGGAGGCGGCUCCGACUGACACCGCCAGCCAUCCAGGCAUCACAGCUGGGCCUUUGUCAAAACCCGGACUGGAUAAUAAGGUUGUGGGAGAUGAACGCUGUAGGGGAGGAGCUAAGGGCCUGGGGCGGCCAAUAGGAAAGUGGAAGGAAAGGUUAGGGAGGGACUAACAGACUUGGGGGUAGGGGUAUAAACUUAAGGGGCGGAGCCAAUCCUAUCAGGAGGCUGAGUCAAGGGCUCUGGGCCAAGAACCAUCGCCCUGAGAUGCUUAGGGGGCGGUGCCAAAAGCUCUGGGGGCGGGAAUAGAACUUUAACUCCCCCCUCAGGAUUCUGGGGGUGGAGCUAAGAGCCCUGGGGGCGGGCGUAGAUAGAAUAAACAAGAGUUCUAAGAAAUGAGCUAGAAUAAGAGUUCCAGGGCGGAGCUAGUGGAUAUCUGGGCGGAUUUGAGACUCUGGGGUCAGGCUCUAGUCUUGCAAGGUGGCUUCUCGAAAAUCCAGUAAAAGAUUAGGGAGGUUUGCGGGGUGUGUGGUGUCUUCUUCCACCCUAUCUUCCUCUAAGAGCCGGGGGCUAUGCUUCAGGCUGAAAAGCAGAGAAGGCCCUGCCCCUUCCAAACCUUCUGCAUUCCUAUUGGCGGAGGGGGCCUGCGAGACAGGCUCUCAUUGGUCCUGAACAGGCGAGGGUGUCUAGAGAGAAUACGCGCCUGUUGUGGGCGGGACCAGACAGUACCGAGGGGUAUCUCGGGUCAGCCAAUCCCGGCCCGAAGAUUGUGUUGGGGGGCCUGGCAGGGGGUGUCCCGACAGCCCCCCCCCCUUUCUGGGCAUCCUGGGGGAUGACCCCGGUGCCAGGCCCGGCGUCGGCCGCCUGAUGCCGGGCGGGCCGAGCCGGGGAUGCUGGAACGAAGGGCGUUGCUAUGGCAACGGGAGGCAGGGCCUGGGGGGGGGAGCCCAGGCCCGAGCUGGGGCCGGGGGGGCUGGCGGUGGCUGUGGCGGGGCGAUGGCGGAGCGCGGCCCGGCCUUCUGCGGCCUCUACGACACGUCCUCCCUGCUUCAAUACUGCAACGAUGACAAUUUGUCGGGCACGAGCGGGAUGGAGGUGGACGACCGCGUGUCGGCGCUGGAGCAGCGGCUGCAGCUGCAGGAAGACGAGCUGGCGGUCCUAAAGGCCGCGCUGGCUGACGCGCUGCGUCGCCUGCGGGCAUGCGAGGAGCAAGGCGCUGCUCUGCGAGCGCGGGGCACCCCCAAGGGCCGGGCGCCUCCGCGCCUAGGCACCACAGCCUCGGUGUGUCAGCUCUUGAAAGGCCUUCCCACCAGGACGCCCCUCAAUGGCUCGGGACCCCCGCGGCGCGUGGGCGGCUAUGCCACGUCCCCAUCCUCCCCCAAAAAGGAGGCGACCUCCGGGCGCAGUGCCCGCCGCUACUUGUCACCAGAGCGCCUCGCCUCAGUGCGCCGCGAGGACCCCCGCAGCCGCACCACAUCCUCUAGCAGCAAUUGUAGCGCCAAAAAGGAAGGCAAAACCAAAGAAGUUAUCUUCAGCAUGGAGGAGGGCUCCGUGAAAAUGUUCCUGAGGGGCCGCCCCGUGCCCAUGCUGAUCCCUGACGAGCUGGCACCCAGCUACAGCCUGGAUACACGCUCCGAGCUGCCUUCCCGCCGUCUCAAGCUGGACUGGGUCUAUGGCUACCGCGGCCGAGACUGCCGGGCCAACCUUUACCUGCUGCCCACAGGGGAGAUAGUGUACUUCGUGGCCUCUGUGGCCGUGCUAUACAAUGUGGAGGAGCAGAGGCAGCGGCACUACCUGGGACACAAUGAUGACAUCAAGUGCCUGGCUGUCCACCCUGAUAUGGUCACCGUCGCCACUGGACAGGUGGCAGGCACCACUAAGGAGGGGAAGCCACUGCCGCCCCACGUGCGCGUCUGGGACUCUGUUUCCCUCUCCACCUUACACGUGCUGGGCCUGGGGGUGUUUGACAGAGCUGUGUGCUGUGUGGGCUUUUCCAAAUCUAAUGGGGGCAACCUCCUCUGUGCGGUAGAUGAGUCCAACGAUCACAUGCUUUCUGUGUGGGACUGGGCCAAGGAGACCAAGGUGGUAGAUGUCAAGUGCUCCAAUGAGGCCGUGCUGGUGGCCACCUUCCACCCCACAGACCCCACCGUGCUCAUCACCUGCGGGAAAUCCCACAUCUACUUCUGGAACCUAGAAGGGGGCGGCCUGAGCAAGCGGCAGGGCCUCUUUGAGAAACACGAGAAACCGAAGUACGUGCUGUGUGUGACCUUUUUGGAGGGUGGCGAUGUGGUCACCGGGGACUCUGGGGGGAACCUCUAUGUCUGGGGCAAAGGUGGGAACCGUAUCACACAGGCCGUGCUGGGUGCCCACGAUGGCGGCGUGUUUGGGCUCUGCGCCCUGCGGGACGGGACGCUGGUGUCAGGAGGGGGCCGCGAUCGGCGGGUGAUCCUCUGGGGUCCCGACUACAGCAAGUUGCAGGAGGCGGAGGUCCCCGAGGACUUCGGCCCCGUGCGCACCGUGGCAGAGGGCCGGGGCGACACGCUGUACGUGGGGACCACCCGCAACUCCAUCCUGCAGGGCUCUGUCCACACUGGUUUCUCGCUGCUCAUCCAGGGCCACGUGGAAGAGCUGUGGGGCCUGGCCACACACCCCAGCCGGGGACAAUUUGUGACAUGUGGUCAGGAUAAGUUGGUGCAUCUGUGGAGUGUGGAGUCCCACCAGCCCCUGUGGAGUAGGAUCAUUGAGGACCCUGCCCACUCUGCUGGCUUCCACCCCAGUGGCUCUGUCCUGGCCAUUGGCACGGUGACUGGCAGAUGGUUGCUGCUGGACACAGAGACCCAUGACCUGGUGGCCAUCCAUACAGAUGGGAAUGAACAGAUCUCAGUGGUCAGCUUCUCUCCAGACGGGGCGUACCUGGCCGUGGGCUCCCACGACAACUUGGUGUACCUGUACACGGUGGACCAGGGCGGCCGCAAGGUCAGCCGCCUGGGCAAGUGCUCGGGCCAUUCCAGUUUUAUCACCCACCUGGAUUGGGCCCAGGACAGCAGCUGCUUCGUCACCAACUCUGGGGACUACGAGAUUCUGUACUGGGACCCAGCUACCUGUAAGCAGAUCACUACUGCAGAUGCUGUGAGGAACGUGGAAUGGGCCACGGCUACUUGUGUCCUGGGUUUUGGCGUGUUUGGGAUCUGGUCUGAGGGAGCAGAUGGUACUGACAUCAAUGCCGUGGCCCGUUCCCAUGAUGGGAAGUUGCUGGCUUCAGCUGAUGACUUUGGCAAAGUCCACCUGUUUAGCUACCCCUGCUGUCAGCCUCGAGCUCUCAGCCACAAAUACGGCGGACACAGCAGCCAUGUGACAAAUGUGGCCUUCUUGUGGGAUGACAGUGUGGCCCUGACCACAGGGGGCAAGGACACCAGCGUGCUGCAGUGGCGGGUGGUCUGACCUGGCGGGUGGGGGGGUUCCCAGGAACAUGGGGCUCAGGUAGAGUCAGGUGUCAGGGUUGGAAUUCUAUUUUCGGGAGAUGUCUAUUGCCGAGUAGAGUAAUAUAUACCCAGAGUAUGUCUAUAGCAAAGGGGGUUACGGGGGUGGGAGGGUGGACUGACAGACAGAAGUCUCUAUUUAUUGGGGUGGGAAAAGGGGUCACAUUGCUUUGGGGGAGGCAUUAGGGUGUUUGGUUUGGGGUGUUUUUUAAGUUUAUUAUUUUAUAUCAUCCGGAAAUAAAAACACGUGCACUGAGGUGGAGUGUC